AUGUCAUCACUACGCCAAUCGUCGGCGACAUCUCCAACGUCGCCGGUGGCUCGUAACGUGUAUUCACGUGCGUCGGUCGACGUCGAAUCCGGCGAAAUUCAGCAGAAUAGUCAUUCGAAUAAUCAUAAUAGUCACAAGAGACCAUACACACCGGGUGCUAGUCCCAGAGAAAUUCUGCACGCUCAACAAUCACUUCGUCAACUGCCGUCACCGUCGCAAACCUCACCUCAUGGGUCAAGAUUCAUGGACGGUUAUCGACGUAGAAUGAGACAGGCGAGUCUCAAUUUGCCAUCAGAAUCACAAUUAUUGGAUGAAGAUCUCGGCUUCCCGCCAGUGUGCUCGCCGCCUCCGGAAGUGUUCUGCGGAUCGAUAAGUGGGAAUCAGAUGAGAAAUCGAUCGAAUUCAGAAGUCGUGAGAAUGAGAUCAUCACAUUCACUUGGAAAUGGAGGACUUCUCGUAUUCUUCCCAACUUCACCGUCGUCUUCUUCUAAUAAUUCAGGUCAACUAAUGCAGCACCGCCGAGAGAGUCAUACGGAUGAGACGGCGGACGAUGCGAUUAUUUGGUCGACAAGUAACGAUAUAAGUGAUGAAACGAUGGAAGAUGAGAGUGGAAUGUGUGUUGAUGAUGUUAGUAUGAAGGAUGUCGAUAUGGCAUCCAUCGGAGGAUCUGCAAAAUCACUCAAGAGACCACCGGAUUUGAAUGGUACGAGGGGGGUUUCAGAUUGGAACUAA